CGAGUCGUGGCGGUUGUGUGCACGUUUAUUAUUGUCGUAUGAAUUGAUUACUAAUAAAUUAUAUAUUUGAACGAUACGAUAUCGUUCUCGACGCGAGGAAGGAUGUUUUGGUGCAACAGUUUUAGGUAUCUAAUUGACUUAACUUAAUUAUGGACAUAUAAGUAUGUGUACGUGAUGUGUGCAUUUUUUUUUUUACACCAACUGAUACUUUUCUUCUCAGCCGCAUAACUGUGCCAGCUAGCUACCAACAGCAGCAGGCCGUCCACCCCGACACACUUCGGAUUCACAUGGGGCUUCCCUGGGCGCCGCCAAACCUUUAAGCCAGCCUCUUGAAACAACCCCCAGGCCUACGACAUCCCAGCGCAGUGCCCAGGCCUGUCACAUUCCUUAGGCCGCAACAUGUAACAUGGACUGAUGGUCCCCCGACGUCAUCGCCAGACCCUCAGGCAGCACUGCUUUACGAACCCAGUCACAAACCAGCCGCCCAGGAGAGCUCGAACAGCUCUUCUCGUGCUGGCUCGGCGAAGCCGCCACGAAUCCAGUGCAGCGCGUGAAAUCCAGUGUUGUACCAGAACAUCUUCAACCGAGAACCAUACUAUCCCUCGAGAUGGAGGGGAAAGGAUUUACCAAACCCGGAAUCAUUGUCCAGCUCGACGCAUAGCAGCGGUGCAUCCCCAGCACCGAAACAGAGCUGGAAUAGCAGCGACAAGGAGCUCACCAACUGGGGGGGGGAGCAAUUUCGAUUGACACGGAGUACUUGUGGAUCUCAGAUCAACCCGGCCUUUGCUUCCCCAACGGCAGGAAGAUGGUAGUUGAUCAUUCCGACAACCACGUAGCCCUCUACAUUAAAUUUUUUAUCGAUUUUUUUUGUUGUUUUUUUUUUUGCUUGAAUAGAUAAGAUUUGUAUUUUUUAUUGUGAUUU